AUGGAUAACAGUCCAGAAAUACUGAUAAAUACGUUUAAUUCUACAUGUGAUGUGUCAUCAACAACAGCCAACACCGUACCGACAAAUAAUGAAAGUAUUACAUUAAUAUGGUUUGAUAAAAAUAUUGAUAACAAAGACGACACAUUCAUUACACGCGCAAUGCUUCGUGAAAUAAAUGAUUUUGUGCUUUUCUUUAAUGAAAAAGAUAAAUGUCUCGAAUAUAUUCAAUCAAUAAUGAAUGAAAAAAUAUUUCUCGUUAUUUCGGGUUCGUGUGCUGUUGACUUUUUACCUAUUGUACAUAAUUUUCGACAAAUUGAUUCAAUUUUUAUAUUUUGUAUGAAACGUGAAAAAUAUGAGAUACUUCUAACAAAAUAUACAAAAAUAAUUGAUAUAUUUAUUCAACAAGAAACUCUUGCUAAUAGUAUUAAAGAAAAUAUUUUAUUAGUGGAAAAACAUAUGGAAACAUUCAACUCAUUUGAUCCAAAAUUACAAAAAUCUACACGUGAAUUAACUAAAGAACAAGCAUCAUUUAUUUGGUAUCAAUUAUUUAAAGAUAUUGUAAUUCAAAUGCCACAAGAUGAACAAUCAAAACAAGAUAUGAUUCAAAACUGUCGACACUAUUAUCGGGGAAAUACAACACAAGAAAAAUUCAUUAAUGAAUUUGAACAAACAUAUGCGAAAACCGAUUCUAUUAAAUGGUACACAAAAUCAUCGUUUGUAUAUAAAUUGAUUAAUAAAGCUUUAAGAACAGAAGACAUUGAACAACUGUACAUAUUUCGUUUUUAUAUAGCCGAUUUGAGUACAAAUCUAGCUAAAAUUCAAAUAAAACAGACAAAUAUUCAACUGUAUCGUGGCGUUAAACUAGAGAAUGAUGAAUUUAAUAAAAUCAAAAGUAAUAUUGGAAAGUUAAUAGGAACAAAUGGAUAUUUAUCAACAAGUCGUUCACGUAAUUUAGCAAUGACUUUUGCUACAAAACCGACAAGACGAGACAAUGUUACACCAGUUCUAUUUGAAAUAACAUUGAAUUCGCAAAUAAAUCUAACUGUUGUUGCUGACAUUGCCUCAUAUAGUGAGUUCCCACUUGAACAAGAAGUGCUAUUUGAUUUAGGUGCCGCGUUUCAGAUCGAUGCGGUUAUAUUUGAUAAUUUGACCGAAGUGUGGCUAAUUAAAAUGACAAUAACUGACGGUGGAACUAAAAUAGCUAAAGACUAUGUUGAAAAAAAUAAAGUAGAUAUUAAAGAUGAGAAAAGUUUUCUUGUUCUAUUUGGUAUUUUGUUGGAGAAUAUGGGUGAUUAUUCAAGAUCAAUAAAAUAUUUUAAAAAUUUGUUAAUUAACAAUAAUUAUGACGAGCAAGACUGUCCGUCGAUUUAUUACCAUUUGGGCUGUGCUUAUUGUUUCAGAGGUGAAUACGAAGAAGCUUUAGCAAACUAUAAAAAAGCUUAUGAUCUUAUGAUGAUAUCAACACCGUCACUAAUUUAUGAUGCCGCACGAACAUUGAACGAUAUCGGCAUUGUUUAUGAUAACAUGAAAGAUUAUGAUCAAGCAAUCCAUUAUCAUUUAGAAGCAUUAAAAUAUCGAGAAUUGUCACUUCGGCAUAAACGUUCUAUGGUAGAAAGUUUAAAUAAUCUUGGUAAUGCAUACCACAAUAAAGGUUCACUGGACAUAGCUCUGAAAUAUUAUUUAAAAGGAUUGAAAUUGUCUGAGGCUACAUCGAAUCGGUUGAUGAUAGCUGAUUGUUUUAAUAACAUUGGUCGGAUUCACUGUAAAAAACACGAAUUUAAACAUGCGCUAUACUAUCAUUUAAAAGCAUUCAAUAUCAUCCCAACUUAUAGUGUAAAUACCGCUAAUAAUUUUACAUUCAUUGGUGAUGUUUAUAGUGAACAAAAAUUGUACGAUCGUGCUCUCAUCUGUUAUAGAAAAGCAUUCAAAAUACGCAAACGAUUGUUUCUUGUUGAUCAUCCUGAAACAGCUAAAAGUUUGUGUCAGAUUGGUGGCAUACAUGAGAAAACGAGAGAUUAUGACUGUGCCCUUACGUGUUAUACAGAGUCACUUAAAAUCUACGAACGAUCCUAUCCUAAUUAUCCUGAUGUACCAAUUAUACAACAUAACAUCAGUGUUAUAAAGCAAAUGUCGCCAACGGAUUUAGCAAACCCGACUGACGUAGACAACAUCUUACUAAAAAGCCUAAGGUUAUUAUGUGGCCGUUUUGAAGAUGUUUAA